UUCUCAUGUGUGAUCUACCUGCAAAUCUAACAGAGACGUGAGGAGCAGCUAUGAGUUUAAAAGCAGCAGCGAGUGGAUUGGUGGUCUUCCUUCUCUCUGUGCAAGUGGUUCAGGGUCAGGAUGGCUGGGGAGUGACUUACACUUCUACUAAGAUCUGUGCAGUGACAGGAUCAUCAGUGGAGAUAAGAUGCAGCUACAAAUACCCAUCUCCAUGGGGAGGCAGAGUUAACACAGUGGAGAAAACAUUCUGGUUCACUAAAUGGAACAAUAAGAAACCUGUAGAUCUGAAAACAGUCUCAGAGUAUGCAGGUCGUGUAGAGAAUCUCUGUGAAAAGAACAUCUGCACCCUGAGAAUCAGAAACCUGAGAGAGAGCGACUCAGAUGAGUACAAGUUCAGGAUCGAAACAAACCAAGAAGGUGGAAGAUAUUUUGGUACACCUGGAGUCACUUUGUCUCUCACAGAUCUCUCGGUGCAGGUGGAAAGCAAAGAUCCUAGCAGUGCAAACCUGAAGUGUCAGAGCAGUUGUGUUGUACCUGAUAAUGAUUACGUCUGGUACAAGAACGGUGAAAAGAUUCAAACAGCAACAUCUUCUUAUCUUCAAGUCAAAUUUAAUUAUCCAGAGAGCUAUUCCUGUGCUUUGAAAGGAUAUGAGGACUCUCUCUCCCCUUCAGUGUGUGUCACUGGUCGACACAGCAACACGGUGACUUCCAUUCAAGGAAGUAUCUGCGCCCCCAAAGGAUCAUCAGUGGACAUUUCCUGCACGUACAGCAGUAAUGAAUGUAUUACAUCAAAGUUCUGGUUCAUUCCUGAGCGUAGUCAUCAGGGACAGAAUCCCUCUCAACCUGAGGACCUUAGUAAAGACUCCCAGUAUGCAGGUCGUGUUCAAAUCACUGAAACAUGGAGAGGGUAUUCCACUCUGAGGAUCUCUGACCUGAGAGACUCAGAUUCAGCUCAGUAUCUCUUCAAAUUCAAAACACCAAGCUUUGAAUGGAGCAGUGAUUUACCUGGAACAACUCUGACUGUCACAGCUCUGCAGGUGCAGGUGAUCACAGCAACAGUCCAGCAGUCUAAUACCUAUGCAGAGCUGAAGUGUCACAGCAGCUGCAGUCCAGCUGGUGUUUCCUACGUCUGGUUCAAGAACCGAGAGAAAAUCAUGACGACGGUGACAUCUUCUUAUAAAGGCUUGCUUCACCACGCAGACAGGAUCUCAUGUGCUCUGAAAGGUCAUGAAGUCUUCCCCUCUCCUGCAGUGUAUGCUCCGAGGAUUCCUUCUUCGUCAAGACCCUCUGGUGAGAUAAAGGAGGGCCGUUCAGUGACUCUGACCUGUAGCAGUGAAGCUAACCCAGCAGCUAACUACACCUGGUACAAGAGGAAUAGCAAUGCAGACGUUCCUCUUCUCAGUGAAGGACCACAGCUUGUCUUCAGCUCCAUCCAGUCCUCUGACUCUGGGCAGUAUUUCUGUACAGCUGAGAACAAGCUGGGGAGGACAUCUGCAAACACCUUUAUUGAUGUGAAAUAUGCUCCAAAGACUUCCUCUGUGUUAGCGAGUCCCUCUGCUGAGAUAGAGAUUGGCAAAUCAUUGCAGCUGACCUGUAAAGGUGGCGCUAAUCCAGCAGCUACACAUACCUGGUACAAGGACAACCAAACACUGCCUUGGGGGUCAAAAGACAUUUAUCAACUUGCCUCUAUCACCUUAGAGGACAAAGGGAACUACCACUGCGAGUCGAAGAAUAAGUACGGCCAGAUCAACUCUACAUCAGUACACAUAGAUGUCCAAUAUGCUCCAAAGCUUCCCUCUGUGUCAGUGAGUCCCUCUGCUGAGAUAGAGGAGGGCAGUUCAGUGACUCUGACCUGUAGCAGUGAUGCUAACCCAGCAGCUAACUACACCUGGUACAAGGAGAAUGAUGACUCUCCAAAAGCUUCAGGACAGAUCUUCACCAUCACUUAUUUAAAAGCUGAACACAGUGGGAAUUAUUCCUGUGGAGCCCAGAACAAGUUAGGACGUCUUAACUCUACCUUACAUCUGAGUGUUGUGGCAGGUUCAAUGAAAACAGUCGCUGCUGGAUCAAUAACUGCUGUUAUUGUGUGUAUCAUAUUCCUCAUUGCCUUUCUGUUGAUUAGAAGAAAGAGGUCCUCGAAACCAACCACGGAAGCUGGAGAGAGACCAGACAACGACGCUCAGGUACGCAUGUAUGUCAGCCCUUCAGCUGCAGUACAGAAUACAACACCAGAGCAGGAGGCCGAGGUUUGCUAUGCCAGCGUGAGAUUCAUUAAAAACCAGGAAGAGGCUCUCUACUCCAACAUCAAGCCCGCUCAUCUCCGCAGACACAAGAAGGACGAGAAGGACAUGGAGGAUGAUGUUGACCACUCUACUGUCACAUUUAAAAGUCACAGUGCUACUGCAGAAUCAGAGCGUCAUGAGGCUGCGGAGGAUCCAUCUGCAUUGUACAGCAUAGUCAACAAAAAACCAAGAGUAUUGACAUAACAUCUAUGUUCUCUUAAACAGUGUUCAAACAGUUUAAACAUACAUGUAUAAAUAUAAGGUCUGAGUUAUGACAUUCACUGCUGUAUUACUAGUAUCAUGUAGCUAACGUAUGCUGAAGCUUGUAAUUUAUAAAUACCAAUACAGAAAAACUAUUUUUAAGCUUGUCAAAGUAGCCUACAUUUCUCUAUGUACAAUAUAUAUUUACCACAAUCUUUUUCUGCUCUGCUGUUCAGUUUAAUUGCCUUUUUAUUGUUUUACAUUUUGAUAAUAUUCAUUUUAUUCAUAUUUAACUUAUCCUUCAUUAUCAUCUUUGGAUAAAAGUGUCAGCUAAAUUACAUUUAACGUAAGUAAUACUAACAGUAUUAGCAUCACAGUAUACUUGAAGAACUAACUGAAAAGUACUGUACUUACUGUACUGUAGGGGAGAGUGGGGUAAUAUGAGCCAAUUGUUUACUUAUAUUGUCCUCUAGGCAAGGAACAAUUUGAUUAAAGUAAAAUGAAAACAACUACCGUUAUUUCCGGAUGUCUUCUGUCAAUCCAAAUGAUAAUAAAGCAUCUG